AUGGCCUUCACAAGCCUUAGCAGAUGUCUGCCCCUCCACAGAGGCCAAAGGCGCCUCGCCCUGUGGCAGUCUGUACAGCUGGCCUGUAGGGCGGCUCACCGUGUCGCGCCAGAGCUGAAGGCGCUUGGGGCCAGAAGCAUCAGCUGUCUGCGCCAGGAUGCUCGGCGGCACGGCAGCUGCUUCAGUGUGGGGUGCAGCCUGCACUGCCGAGGGCGCAAGAGGCACCUGCGAUGCCAGGGGGGCCAGAUGCCCCUUAUCUGCAGCCAGCCUGUUGCUGCUGCUUGGUGCGGUGCUGUGAUCAGGCUUGGCAGCAGCCCUGCUCCCAAGGCGCUGGGCAGAGAUCGGUGCGUCAGCGCUGCUUGGCAGCGACUUGAAGGUCGUUGA